GAUUAUAAAUUUUUUUAAAAUUUUUUUUAUGCACCAAGAAGAAAUAACUUGUACCUGCACGGCUGCAACCAAAAUGAAGGCAAAGGGUUGAAUUUGAAAACGAAAACGAACGAGAGGGGAAAAGGAAAAAAAGAGAAUGAAUGAAGAAUCCAAUUUCUAAUUCAUUUCUGGUUCUAGUCAGAGUCCAUUGUAAAAUCCAGAGACGCCAUUAUUCCACCACAACCAACACUUACCUCAAAUCCUGGUUCAACAAAUACUUUGACAAGACCAAUGUCUUCUCGUGGAACUCGCUCAUCGCCGACUUGGCUCGAGCCGGCGAUUCAUUCGAGUCUCUUCGUGCUUUCUCCUCAAUGCGAAAGCUCGAUCUCAAACCCAGCCGCUCCACUUUCCCUUGCGCAAUUAAAGCAUGCUCAGCUCUGUUCGAUCUUCACUCCGGCAAGCAAGCUCAUCAACAAGCUUUUGUUUUUGGUUUUGAAUCAGACCUCUUUGUAUCAUCAGCGUUGAUUGAUAUGUACGCGAAAUGUGGGCGAUUAAGUGAUGCUAGAGUCCUGUUCGAUGAAAUUUCUCAAAGAAGCAUUGUCACAUGGACUACGAUGAUUACUGGUUAUGUCCAAAAUGACAAUGCCUACGAAGCGUUAUUGCUUUUUAAAGAGUUCUUGAUUGAAGAGAGUGAGAGAAAUGGUGAGGGCACCGACGUUUUUAUGGAUUCAGUUGCUAUGGUGGCUGUUUUAUCUGCUUGUUCUCGUGUUUCUGAGAAAGGAGUGAUUGAGGGAGUUCAUGGGUUUGUGGUAAAGAUGGGAUUGGAUAAAGAUUUGGGAGCUGAGAAUACUUUGUUGGAUGCAUAUGCAAAGUGUGGUGAAGUGGGCUUGUCUAGGAAGGUGUUUGAGGGGAUAGCUGAGAGGGAUUCAGUUUCCUGGAAUUCUAUGAUUGCUGUGUAUGCCCAAAAUGGGUUAUCCAGUGAGGCUUUUCUUGCUUUUCACGUGAUGAUAAAUGAUGGUGAUGUCAAAUACAAUGCAGUGACAUUGUCUACUUUGUUGUUGGCAUGUGCAAAUUCAGGGGCUCUGCGUGAGGGGAAGUGUAUACAUGAUCAGGUAAUAAGGAUGGGUUGGGAUGAUAAUGUGAUUUUGGGUACCUCUAUCAUAGACAUGUAUUGUAAGUGUGGACGAGUCGAAAUGGCAAGGAAAGCAUUUGAUGGCAUGAAGGAGAAGAAUGUGAAGUCAUGGACUGCCAUGGUUACAGGCUAUGGAAUGCAUGGCUGUGCAAGAGAAGCUUUGGAUGUUUUCUACAAGAUGAUAGGAGCUGGGGUCAAACCAAAUUACGUAACUUUUGUUUCAGUUCUGUCUGCUUGUAGCCAUGCUGGCCUUUUAGAUGAAGGCUGGUAUUGGUUCAAUGCCAUGAAUCAUAAAUUUAAUGUAGAACCUGGGGUUGAGCACUAUAGUUGCAUAGUUGAUCUUCUUGGCCGUGCCGGUUAUCUCAAUGAAGCGUAUGAUUUGAUAAAGAGGAUGAGGACCAAGCCUGAUUAUGUACUCUGGGGCUCUCUUCUUGCAGCUUGUCGUAUUUACAAAAAUGUGGAGCUUGCAGAGAUUUCUGCAAGACAACUGUUUGAGCUGGACUCAAGUAACUGUGGAUAUUACAUCUUACUUUCGAACAUAUAUGCUGAUGCUGGAAGAUGGAAAGAAGUUGAAAGAAUUAGAGUACUUGUGAAAGAUCGUGGACUUGUUAAACCACCUGGAUUCAGUUUGGUUGAACUAAAGGGUAAGGUGCAUUUAUUCUUGGUUGGAGAUAAAGAGCAUCCUGAAUGUGAGAAGAUAUACAGGUUUUUGGAGGAACUUAAUGUGAAGUUGCAACAAGCUGGCUAUGCACCUAAUAUGGCAUCAGUUCUUCAUGAUGUUGAUGAGGAAGAGAAGGAAAUGGCCCUGCGAGUUCACAGUGAGAAGUUGGCUGUUGCCUUUGGGGUCAUGAAUUCAUUUCCUGGUUCAACAAUUCAUAUUAUUAAAAAUCUUAGGGUUUGUCAUGACUGUCAUACAGUCAUUAAGCUUAUUUCCAAGAUUGUUGAUCGAGAAAUUGUGGUAAGAGACAUAAAGCGAUUUCAUCACUUCAAGGAUGGUUUGUGUACAUGUGGAGACUAUUGGUGAGAUAUAUAUACAUGAAAAUAAUUAAGGUUACGGCAAUUUUAAGUGAAUGGUUAUUUUUGGCUGGAUCAACAAGCUUGUAACUAGAAAUUAGGAGAAUCAUUGUUCUGAUGGUGCUGUGUGCAACCUUCUGAUAUGAAAAAUUAUGCUGGUAGAAUACAGGAAUUUCCUAUGAUGAUUAAACUUCAAGUUUGAAACACAAGCACUUCUAAUUGCUUAAUCAAAAAGAUCUGAAAGAAGAUCUGUCAUCUCCUAAUUGUUAAUUCUAGAAAGAUCAACUCAAUGGGAUAGAUGUCAUAUAUUUGCUUCCAAGUUUAAUAGAGGUUGAAUGCCUUUUCUGAUGGAAUGAUUAUUGAAAUUGCUGAAGAUGGUUUCUAAAUAUAGGCACAGUUCUGGUGUGGAAAUCAUAGCACAAGUAUGCGGUCUGUUGACAACAUACUGGUAAACCUGUUGACCUGAGCACAUCACAAGUUAUAAAGAGGAUGGCAACUACUCAGUAAAAUUAAUUUGCAUAACUCGGAAGACAUCUUUACUGCUAUAAUGUUGGAGAUUGGAGUCAUAUCAACCACAGUAUUUGCUAGAGUUGAAAAGGCAACAACUGAAAACUUCCUGUCACGAUCAACCUUGUCAAAAGAACUUGCUUGAAAAUAUUCUUUUCAAUUUUGACGUCUGAAAUUGGUUUGGUUUCUCUCCAACUUUUAAGCAGUUGAUACAAUUUUGCAGGGCCCUGUUCUCACCCUUCAGAUGUUCCAGUUCUGACUGGAGUCUAUUAAUUACCAGUCUCUUUUGGAUGUUUCUCCUUGCCAACUCGACCUGCUGCUUCAGAUUUUCCUCCAUGAGUUUUGUAACUUGAAACUUGAGUUCAGACCAUCUAUUGGCCUGCUCAUAACUAUUUUCUGAGAGAUCUCUAACCGUAGCCUGAUUCUGAACUGAGUUUGAAUCAUCUAUCUUCACAUUGACACCAUUUUGGUCGCACAAAUCUCUGGCGCCUUCAUUACAAUGGUUUUCUCUGCUAUCAAGUUUCAUUUUCAUUUCCAUGCUCUGUGCGUGUGGCUCAGUCGACAUCAGUUUUUCCACUAGAUUGUUCAGGUAUUCAAAGUUGAAGUCCGUAUUGUCACAAUCAGCAUCAGGGUCUUCAAGAAUGGAAUCCAGAUAGGAAUCAAAAAGCUUCAAUUCGGAAUUGGUGGAACUUGUUAUAAGUCUUGUCUUCUCAUUCGUGUCAGAACAUGCAGAAGGAAUGGAUCCUGGAUUAUUUUCAUGGCAUGAUUCAGACCUCAACUUAUCAUAUUUUUCAGCCAAAGAACGAUAAGAAUUAUUGAACCCUUCAAGCAUUUGAAACAGCUUCACCCUCCGCUUGCAAUAGAUCUCAUCUCUAGUUGAAGUAUUGUCAUCUUCUUCCAGAAGGGUCAUCAUGGCUUUAAUUCUCUUGUUUGAAUCUGCAUAUCAAGGAAAAGUACAAAGAGAAAGAACCGUAACUCCAGCAUUCUCGAGCAGUAACCAGAAGAAGAGUAAUCAUGAUAAAGCCAGCCAUAUUUCUGUGUCUCCUAAAAAAAUAAAGAACUUUCCUGCUAAAUUCUGUAGCUAUAAACUAUUUUAUGCUUAUGUUCUGCUGAGCUGAAUGAAACACAGAAACAGAGGAGGGAAGACUGACCUGAUAGAGUUAAUUGAAGCCAUUGGGAUUGCUGGGGACAAUCAUGGUUAUCUGGAGUUGAAGAACAAGAAGCUCCAUUGUUUUCCAUUGAACAAUUCUUUUGUGAGACGAGAAUCUCUCUUGGCUUUCAAAACAGACAAAGCGAAACAGAGGAUGCACGUUAAGAAUUUUGGAAGCUCUAAAUAUAGGAGAGGAGAGAACAAAAAGUUGCCGCAUGUGUAGAGAUGAUCGAUUCUUCCUAUUUGAUCGCAUCUUUCUUACCCCCUUAUGAAUCAUCUUUUUAUCAAGGAAAUGCUAUUUAUGCUAUUGAAUUAAUAA